AUGCCACCAAAGCAGGACGUUUUUGCUGAUUUAUUUGCGGGGAGUCGACGUAAGAAUAAUGAAUCAUCUAUGUCAAUGCAACAGCGUCUCCAAAAGGGUGCUAUGGCGCCGCCUCUCACACCAACGCUGCUGCUGCUGCUGUUACUGACAUCGAGUGCAAUUAAACUGGAUCCUUUCGACAUAUUGUCAGUUAAUUCCCGUCACACCAAUCAGACUAAUGGAGCUAUUAAAUCAAACUUACCGUCGGACAGCGUCGACUUGUUGGAUAUACUCGGUCAAGAGAAGCCAAAUGGCUCAAAAUCGUCGACUAAUGACCUUCUCGAUGAUUUGUUCGGCUCGAGCUCUGCUGUUAAAUACUCAAGUGCUCCCAAAUCUUCUACUCCAAGUUCCAAUGGCGGUACGGGCCUGUUACUUGAUGACGACUUCACCGAUGCAUUUACCCCCAACCGCGAAAGUUUACAACGGGUCGUUAGAGAAACGAACACUUCAAAAGAAACGCAACUGUUCAAACCCAGUAAGGAUCAAGGUGAAACGAGUGAACGUGAAGCCAGUCUGGACUCUCAACGAGAUGCUUUGAUUGCCAAACUUGUGGAUGUUGGCUUUGAUGUCGAUACUGCCAAUGAAGCUAUAGAUCGGAAAGGGUACAAUCUUCAAAACUGCGUCAAUUAUAUUAUGGCAAAGGCCGCAGGAGCAGGUGAGCCAGAAUCCGUAUUGCCCCCGCGCCCACAACAGGGCCAAGGUCCCGACUUGGAGCAGUGGUUCAGUAAAGGCAUGCUGAUGGGAUAUUCGUUAUUUAACAAGGCUAACAAAACAAUCAAGAAAAACAUUGAUCAGUUUGUUGACGGAGGCCAAACGACUGACGAUGGAUUGCCCGCGUGGAUGAAGCAAGCAUCAAAAUACAAGGAUCAAGCAAUCGAAAAAAAGUACAAUGUUGAGGAUUAUGGGAGCGAUCUGGAGAAUAUAGAUGAGGUCGAAAUUCAGAGAAUAAUUCGACAGCAAAAGCAAAAGCGUGAACAACGCCGUGAAGAUCUUCCCGGUGGAAAUAAACCAAAGCAGGCUCAAACCGAGAAAUCUUCUAGAGGAUUUGAAGAGGGCAGGUCCACCCGGGGUAAUGCUCAAGCAGUUGGGGCUCGUCGUGAACAAAAACUGUUGAAAACAGAGAGUCCUGACUCCCUUCCCUCAAGACCUCAAAAGAAACCUGAUUCAGUGCAAUCAGUGUAUGAACUUCCCAAACGCCCUUCCCCUAAGAAGCAACAGAAACCAGCUAUCCCUUCUUCUCAUUCCAUCGAUCUAUUAGGGUUACUGAGCCCGAAUCAACUGGUUUCCCUCCGAUCAAAUGUUCCCCUCAACACAUUUGAUGAAACUGAUUACACCACCGCAAAAGAGGCAGCGACCGUCGCGUAUUCAUCUGGUGACUAUGUAACUGCUCUUGAGCAGUUCCAAACAUGUCUUGCACGCUUACCAGAUAAUCAUGAACGUCGUGUCAUUAUUGGGAGUAAUUUGGCAAACGCUUACAAAAUGGUGGGAAAUCUUAAGCAGUCACUACAAGCUAUUGAGGAUGCCCUCAAAUUAAUUGAUCAUGAGAAUGAGGUAUACACCACGAGCGAUAACACCAUCGCAGAUAAACCUAUCAAGUACUGGUAUACAAAGCUUCUUCUCACUCAAGCGGAAGUAAAUGAGUUGAUGGAGCGUUAUGAAAACGCUCUAGAACUGUACACGACGCUUGUCUCCAAGCUUGGCGUUAGCGAUCGCAAAGUAACUGAUGGUCGUCGCAGAGUUGACAAGGUUGUUAACCCGCAAAAUUACCGACCCAAGCCUAAACCUGCAACGACAUCUUCAGCUCCCCCUAAACCUGUGACGAAACGUUCACCCACAAAGUUGAAGCCGCAAGAAGAUCAAACCGAACUUCUUGAUGAUAUCGAAACUGAGCUUGACGCUUGGGCUAAACGCAAGCAAAAUAACUUGCGAGGACUUCUUUCCAACUUGGAUGAAGUCAUUCCCCAGCAAGUAGCGAUGAAGCCUCAAUUGCGUAAGUUGACGUUGAAUGAUUUGAUGCUUCCAAAACAAGUGAAAAUUCAGUACAUGAAAGUGAUUUCAGCCAUUCACCCGGAUAAAUUGGCACUGCAAUGCAAAGAGAACCCCCGGGCGGGGUUGGUUUGCAAUGCAGUUUUCAUACGAUUGAACAAAGCGUGGGAGCAGUUCAAGAUAGAUGAAAAUAUCUCUUGA